AAAAAAAAAAGAAAGAGAGAGAGAGGGAGAGAGAGAGAGGGGGAGUCAAUUAACUGCAUUUGUAUUCUCUUCAAUAAUGGACCCUAUUCCACUUUUACCCUAAGGCAGUUGAGUGGAAAUUUUAGAGGAAAGAAAAAAAGAGUGGCGGGAACUUUUCUUUUAAAAUCUUUUUUUGGGGAGAACCAGGAAUGAAAGAAUUUUUUUUUUUAAAGAUCUCUAAGAAUCGACAUUAUUCCAGCCACUCAGUAAAAUCCAGGGGAGAGAGACGGGGAGAGGGGGGGGUGGAAUUGAAGCUCUUUUUCUCUCUCCUAUGCCUUAGGAAUCGCAGCUAAAUCAGGACCGGGAAAGCUUCCAGAUCUGCUGUGGAAAGUUAACUGUCUGACAGAGGAGUCUCCUAGCCACCUCCUCUCCUCUCCCCCCCCCCUCCACCGCCACCCCUAACGUCAGGAAUGGUUUCUUCCUGCUUUGCAUAUUCACCAUGCUUGGCCUAGCCAUAUGGGAAAAUGCGACUGAAGGAAUUGUUGUGAAAAAAGGGACAGCGAGUUUGAAAUAAAAGUUGUUAGAGUGGUACCGAAGAGAAAAAAAAAAAAAGAAUACGAGACCAUGUAUUGCGCAUACACAAUCCCUGGCAUGGGCGGAAACUCUUUGAUGUACUACUAUAAUGGGAAAGCGGUCUAUGCCCCUUCUGCGAGCACUGCCGACUACAAUCGCGAUUCACCAGGCUAUCCAUCCUCAAAACCAGCAGCCAGCACUUUUCCUAGUUCUUUCUUCAUGCAAGACGGCCAUCACAGCAGUGAUCCGUGGAGCUCCUCCAGUGGUAUGAAUCAGCCCGGUUAUGGUGGGAUGCUGGGCAAUUCUUCUCAUAUUCCACAAUCCAGUAGCUACUGCAGUCUGCAUCCUCAUGACCGCUUGAGCUACCCAUCACACUCCUCCUCAGACAUCAAUUCCAGUCUUCCUCCAAUGUCCACUUUCCAUCGUAGUGGCACGACCCAUUACAACACUUCUUCCUGUACACCACCUGCAAACGGAACAGACAGCAUCAUGGCAAACAGAGGAAGCGGAGCUGCAGGAAGUUCACAAACGGGCGAUGCGCUGGGGAAAGCACUUGCAUCUAUCUACUCUCCAGACCACACCAACAACAGCUUUUCAUCAAAUCCUUCAACUCCUGUUGGUUCUCCCCCUUCUCUCUCAGCAGGCACAGCUGUUUGGUCUAGAAAUGGAGGGCAAGCAUCAUCAUCUCCCAAUUAUGAAGGUCCCUUACACUCUUUGCAAAGCCGGAUUGAAGACCGCUUGGAAAGACUGGAUGAUGCUAUUCAUGUUCUCCGGAACCAUGCAGUGGGGCCUUCAACUGCCAUGCCCGGUAGUCAUAGCGACAUGCACGGAUUAAUAGGGCCCUCUCAUAAUGGAGCCAUGGGAGGUCUUGGAUCAGGAUACGGGACAGGCCUUCUUUCAGCCAAUAGGCAUUCGCUAAUGGUCGGGGCUCACCGGGAGGAUGCAGUUGGUCUCCGCGGCAGCCAUUCACUUGUGCCAAACCAGGUCCCCGUUCCACAGUUGCCAGUGCAGUCUGCUACGUCCCCCGACUUAAACCCGCCUCAAGAUCCGUACAGAGGAAUGCCAACUGGACUUCAAGGACAAAGUGUGUCUUCAGGGAGCUCCGAAAUCAAAUCUGAUGACGAGGGCGACGAAAACCUCCAGGACGCAAAAUCUUCGGAUGACAAGAAGUUAGACGACGACAAGAAGGAUAUCAAAUCAAUUACUAGGUCAAGAUCUAGCAAUAAUGACGAUGAAGAUCUUACACCAGAGCAAAAGGCAGAACGCGAGAAAGAAAGGAGAAUGGCCAACAAUGCCCGCGAACGCCUCCGUGUCCGUGACAUCAACGAGGCCUUCAAGGAGCUGGGUCGGAUGGUGCAGCUCCACUUGAAGAGUGACAAGCCCCAGACCAAACUCCUGAUCCUACAUCAAGCCGUAGCUGUUAUUCUCAGCUUAGAGCAGCAAGUCAGAGAAAGGAAUCUGAACCCUAAAGCAGCAUGUCUGAAAAGAAGGGAAGAAGAGAAAGUAUCUUCGGACCCUCCUCCGCUUUCUUUGGCAGGACCCCACCCUGGGAUGGGAGACACAUCUAAUCAUAUGGGACAGAUGUAAAAAAAAAAGGUCCAAGUUGCUACAUUUUCUUCAUGUAAACCAGAGACCACUUCCUUAACAGCUGUAUUAUCUUAAACCCCACAUAAACACUUAACCCCCCCUUUUUGUAAUAUAAUAAGACAAGUCUGAGUAGUUACAAAUCACAGACGCACGAGAUUUCAGCAUUCCCGAUUCUGAAACAAACAAACAAACAAAAAAAGGAAAAAGUGCAACUUGAGGGACGCCUCUCUUCAACAUAUCAUUCAGAAUGUUUCGAGCAGUACGUCAGAAGCUGUAAAAAUGCACAGCCAAGAGACUGAAUGGCAAUCUUCUCCACACUGUGGGACAAUGCAUUUGUGCCUAAACUUCUUUUGGAAAAAAAAAUAUAAUUAAUUUGUAAGUCUGAAAAAAAAUAUUUAAUUUAAAAAAAAUUGUAAACUUGCAAUAAUGAAAAGUGUACUUCUGAAGAAAAAAAAUGAACAUUUUUGUUGGUGUACUAGUCCGCUAGUGUUUAUACUUACUGGAUAUUAAAAAGGGAAGCAUUGCUGCCCGUGUAUUUACAAAACCAGCAAAUGUCCUAAUGAAAACUGAAGUGAUGACAUUAGCCAUUCCUUAGGGUAGGAGGAACAGAUGGAUCUUAUAGACCUAUGACACACACACACACACACACAUAUAUAUAAAUAAAUAUAUAUAUAUAUUAAAAUUAGUGAAUAUGGUAAGCUUUUGUUCAUUGGUUUCAGACUUUUUUGCUCCUGUAAAAAAAAAAAGUACUGAUUAACUUUUUUAAAAGAAGAUUUUACUGUAAAUAGGGAUUUUUGGUCUUAUUUCUCUCCCACUCCCUUCCUUUGUUCUUAAUUGUAACCUGUAGUGCCAACUCUGUUGCUGGAGGGGCAGAUCAGGAUGAAACGCUGACCCUGUUGUUGUAUCAUUCAUAAAUAAGUAGAGAGUUGUUUCUUCGGUCUUUUGGGGAGAAUACAGGAACUUGACCGAUCACGUCAUGUGCGGAGGAGAAGCUGCAAGCAACCUUGCCGAGACUUGGUCCAGACCGUUUUUGGGGCCGAGUCGUAAACUUUGCUCUCAUUAAGACCCUAUUUCUGGGAUUUUUUUCAGAGGUACAAGGUUAGAAUGCUACAAUGUUACCACUGUGCCUUCCAAUGUUUAUAUCAUCGGAAACAUAACAUAAUCAAAGGUGGCUGUGAAUUAACAAACCAGUAGAAGUGUUAACUUUAAUGUGUGUAGCCUAAAUACAGUAUGCAGUGAGGCGUUUCAGAAUACAUGGUCAGAUUUGGGAGGGGGGGGGGACAAAGGGUUCAAAUGGGAAAACUGCAAGUUGUGUGACAGAUUUUGAUUUUUGUUUUUGUUUUUUUAAAUUAAGUGGAGUGCUGAAAAGUAGACCAUUUGCUGCCUCCUCCUUCAUUCAUAAAAAAAUGCCAAUAUUCAAUUGUCAUGAAGCAUUAGAACAAGCCUUACCAGUUCUAAAGCAUUAAGUUGCACUUUCUUGAGGAGGGGGAGUAGAACAGUAUUUCUCUGGCCAGUAUGAAUCAAGUUUUUAAUUAACAUAUAUAAAAUAGUAAGCAUAGAUCAAACCUAUGGCACAGCAACUCAUCCGGAAACUAGCUUUGAAAUAUGGGCUCAACAGAACCAGUAUCCAUAGUGAUUUCUCUAACAAUCGACUCUGGUGUACAGAACAAUUAACAAAUAGUGCUCCCAAUUAAGUCUUUUGUCAGCAUCCUUUUGUCUCCAGUUCCAGCUUCUGGCUUUUUUUGAGGGUUUUUUUAACAGCCACACAAACUUGGCAUGUAUUUUUAAAUGAAAUCUCCCUGUUCGAGUAGAUUUUCCACCUAUCAGCACUGAGUAAAUGCCAUAAGUCCAUUGAAAACGGUCUAGACGUUCCAUCUGUUCUCCUGUUUUGCCAGUUACAUAGUAAUGAAAAAAAUACAUUUGUAAAUUUUAUGCAACAAAAUGGCAAACGUAUCAUUAUUUUGAAAUUGUGUAUGUAAAAGUUAUAUUUUUACAUGUAGACUCUCGUUAUUAUGUGUUUUAAUACAUUGUAUCCGUUUUUUGUUUUUUUUUAAACUGUGUGGUUGAAACAAAAUCUCAUUUAAAUGAAAUAGUGAGAUACAAGAAUCUGAAUUUUAUGUUUCUGAAAAACAUAAAGAACAAAUAUGAUAGUUUACCAUGUGAACCACCUUCUGCAUAUCCAUAAACAUUUUGAUUAGCUGUGUGUGCGUGUUGAAAAUUGUAAAUAUGUUCAGUAGCAGUAAACUUUAAAUGCUUUUUUUUUUAAUUUGUUAAUAAGUUUCUGAAAUGUGGAGGUGGAUUAAAACCAUUAUGAAUAAAUUCACAAUAGAGCAGAGUCCAUAUAAGUUUAAGUGAGAACAAAUGUGUAUUCCACUGUAGAACCUGUACUUUAAACAGACCUUAUUUAGAUAAAAAUGGGUGCAUUAAUGUUCACGGUUGACUAAAGGAUUCUCCCAUUCUCAAGCAUAUUAUUAUUGCUUAGCAUU